AUGUCUCGGUGGGGAGAGGUUGAGAAAGUCAACAGAUUGGCUCUCAAGGACCAGAAAGAUUUACCCAACUUUUUUGUCAGAUUCAAAGAGGGUUCUCGCAUCACUGAGAUUGCAUGCGCAAAGGAUGUUGAGUGCGCAGAGCUUCACUGUAUGCUCCAGACGCGACCUAUUCACCAUACGCGUUAUGGAAGCUUGAUGUAUUCCAAGGGCAGCCGGGACGCGACUGAACAGCAUAGAAUCCCGAACUCGUAUGAAGGGUCUCAGCAAUCUCGGGCUAGCAGCCAGGUCCAAUUCACCCAGAGCCAGUCUCUAUCUGCUCGUAUGGACUCUCGAUCUCAAGCAGUCUCCUUGGAGCAGUACAUAAUUCCUCGUCCAUCAAAAUCGCAGGGCAAAGCAGUACAUGGUUCUCAGCCCGAAGCGGUAACUGAUUUAACUAUUCCACUGCCCACCGCAGACCAAGCCACUGUGCUGCAGGGGAAAACUGAACUGCCCGAAGACGUCAAGCCGACACAAGCCAAACCGACUGUCGAUCUAGCUUUGCAACAGUCAAGUGAAGCUGAGUCGCAAUCGAAGCCGCCUUCCGAGGAGGUCAUUCCCGAUGAAGAGAAGACAACCAAGCAUGACAGCCCUCGGAUUUCCAACAGUCCGUGCAAAGUCAUUGUCGUCAACUUGCCGGCGACACCUCAAAAGCUGACGAAAACCUCGAUGGGCACUGAAGUAUACGGAGAAUCUGACUCGUCUGGCAAGGCUGUCUUUACUCCGGACGCCAGUGAAUCGGUAGCCUCUCCGUUCAAGAAAAGCCCCCCUGCCUCUCCCAGUGAGAAGGAACACAAAUUCGGCGCUCUUCGUGACCAGGGACCAUCUGAAGAAUCUGCGAAGGUUAUACCUCACGUCUCGCCUGUCCCGGAAGAAGGAGUCAUAGCCCCUGAGCCUCUUGCGCAGAGUCCCACGUAUGGCAAGGGAAAGUACAGGAAGGUUUUUUCUCACAGAGAUACCAGCAGUGUCGAGGUCUUCGACGUGGUGCCUCACAUGCCAGGAAGAAGUAGCUCUUCGUUCCUCAAGACUUCGUUUCCUGACGAAGAUGGGCCUAGCGAUAGCCUUCGCUUGAAUUCUGGACAUGCACUCGACAGCUUGAUCGAUGCGGGCUUAAUCUCAGGGGUUCCAAUCACCGCUAUGGCCGACGAUGCUUCAAAGAAGAAGACCAAGAGAAACAAGAAAAAGAAGAAGAAGCCGACAUCAGGAAGUCAAGAUGAGUCUCUGCCCAUUGGCGACGCCUCGACUGUGGCCGCCGAUGAUAAAACUCUUCAUAUCCCGGCGGAAACCCAGACUGGUGCAUCAGAGACGGCCGACAUCAUCACGAAGGCCAGGGAUAUCGUUGCAACAGAAGCGUCUCCAGGAAAGUCAAGUCUCCCGGAGCCGCCUAACAAAAGCUUUCGAGCCAACGCUGGCGGCUCACUUCGAAUGCCGAAGAAUCGCAACAAGCAGCCGGCUCAGCUGAACAUUGCUGUACGAGAAGGUUCUAGUUCUGGAGCAGCCACCAUCCUAAAGGAGGCCCAUGUCGUCGACGGCGGUCUUCCAUCUGCUGCGAGUACUUCACAGAUGAGCUUCACCACAGCCCAGGAAAGCUGCUCUGGCAACAGCUCGCCCAAGGUCUUAUCGACCCCAGCAACUCCAUCGUCAGCCAGGACGCCUGAACCGAAGUUUUCACCAGAAACGUCCGUGGUUGAGAGCGAAGCGACGGCAAAGUCAACCAUGCAACUCAAUCCAAAGGCAAAGGAGUUUGUGUCGCCUGUACCGCGCCCUGCUUUUCAUAGGGUGAAGCUGGCGCCAAUUCCAUUGGUACCGAUCCCAGUGAAGACCACUCAGCAUCAACGCAACUUUUCUCGCAGUUCAUCGGUCACAUCCCGAACUCUCACUCCAGGACCAACGCCUCCCAAAGCUCAAGCUGAACAGUGUCAGGGACAUGGUGCUGGAGAUGGCGUCGACAAUGGAGUGAGUUCUACAACUGGUGAAGUGCCAGUCCAAGAUGAAGGCACGCAAAAUUCGGCACCCGAGAGCAUGGCGAAGGCAAAGCAGGACCACCCCGCUGAAGGUGGUACGCCCGUCCCACAGCCAUCAAAUGCUAGCAGUGGCAACGGUCAAAGACAGCGUGCGAAGAAGGGCGCUAGCAAGAAAAAGCAGCAACAGCUUAGCAGCGAUCGCGAACAGCACGGGCAGCAUCAACAGGGUAAGCAAGAACCGCAGAAGAACAACCCUUCGCCUAAGAAGCAAAAUAAGCACGUCCAGCAACCGCAACAUGCCCCUGGGACGCACAACAGAAAGCUUUCUGUUGCAAGUAAAGACGACUUCCCGUCCCUGCCGCCUGCUCCCUUGCCUGCUUCCAGCCUACCUGCGACCAGCGUCUGGGGCAAAGCGCGUGCAACAUCAACUGCUACAAAGAGCAGCACCACCACUCCUACCAGCAGCAUGAGCAGCGAGAACAAGACCAAGGACAAGACAUCCUCGGGCGCGCUCCAUCAGGAGGGCAGUGGCAAGCAUUAG